AUGGACAGCAAGGAGAUGGAGCCGAGUCCGCUUUCGCUCAAUGACGAGCACGUGCACGACGAGGCGAUGGCCGAGGAGCAGUUGAACCUCCGCAUGCAGUAUUAUCGUGAGUGCACGGAGCGCGCGAGCACCGAGUACGAGGCGACCAAGAAGAAGGUCGAGGCGGUUGACGCCGAGAUCGCGGCCCUCAAGGCGGAGACCGCGGCCAUUGAAGCCGACACCGCCGCAAUCAAGCGCCCGGCGCCGCCGCCGACCGCCGGCCAGUCCAGCGAUGGCCCCAACGCGGCCUGA